GCUACUCGCUACUUCACGUUACUUAAGGCUACAGGCCGGGGAACGCCACCCAACGCUGUGUUGUACUUUUACAGUAUCACGGGUUUUUUAACUGAGACAAAAUAGGCGUCAACUCGUUCAACUUAACGUUAGGUAGCAACUAGCUAGUACAUGUAGCUAACGUUAGUAGUUAAUACCCGUUUUAUUGUAUCGACUAAGUUACUCACAACAAACGUGAGUGAGGCGUCUCACGCGACGUAGCCAACGUCAGUAACGUUAACGUUCGCCACACCUCGGUCCGCAACGUGAGUGUGUGAGUGCUAGUAUCCUCCAGGCUGGGAUGGCAGCAGGUGGAACCCUGGGGCCAAAGGUCCCUGACUGCAUGACCAAGGUGGCACUGAGCGUCUCCUGUGAGAAUCUGCUCGACAUGGACGCGUUCUCGAAGUCUGACCCUCUAUGUGUGCUUCUCAUGAACAGCUCGGGGCCUCACUGGUGUGAGAUUGGCCGGACGGAGAGGAUCCAGAACUGCCUUAAUCCCAAGUUUUCCAAGACUUUUGUCAUUGACUACUACUUUGAGAUGGUGCAGAAACUGAAGUUUGUGGUGUACGACAUUGACAGCGACAACAACAGUCUGCAAGACGCUGACUUCUUGGGAGAACUGGAGUGUACCUUAGGACAGGUUGUUUCCUCAAAGAAACUAACACGGCCCCUCGUAAUGAAAGACAAGACACCAGCGGGGAAAGGAACCAUCGCUAUAUCUGCUGAAGAAAGAACAGACAACAGGGUGGUGGAAUUUGAAGUUGCAGGUAGAAAGCUGGAUAAAAAGGAUUUCUUUGGCAAGUCCGACCCUUUCCUGGAAUUCUACAAGCAGGCAGGAACUGGAUGGCAGCUCGCUCACAGGACGGAGGUGGUGAAAAACAACCUAAACCCAACAUGGAGACCAUUCCGAAUCCCAAUGCAGUCACUCUGUGGAGGUGACGUGGAGAAAUCUAUAAAGGUAGAUUGUUAUGAUUACAACAACAGUGGAUCUCACGACUUUAUCGGAUCAUUUGAGACCACACUCUCCCAAAUACAGCAGGACUCACAAACAUAUGCGGUUGAGUUUGAAUGCAUAAAUAGCAAGAAGAAACAGAAGAAGAAAGGAUACAAAAACUCUGGCGUUAUCGUUGUAAAACAAUGCAAGACAGUGAAGGAUUACACAUUUCUGGAUUACAUAAUGGGAGGCUGUCAGAUCAACUUCACUAUUGCCAUUGACUUCACCGGCUCUAACGGGAAUCCCAGCUCUCCCCAGUCCCUCCACUACAUCAACCCAGAAGGCUAUAAUGAAUACCUGGCUGCUAUCUGGACAGUGGGUAAUGUCAUCCAGGACUACGACAGUGACAAGAUGUUCCCUGCUUUUGGAUUUGGAGCCCUGAUCCCCCCUUCGUGGCAGGUCUGCCACGAGUUUCCCAUCAACUUCAACCCGUCGAAUCCGUUUUGUGCAGGUAUAGAGGGUGUGGUCCAGGCCUACCAGCAGUGUCUGCCCCAGGUGAAGCUUUACGGCCCCACAAACUUUUCCCCCAUCAUCAACCACGCAGCCCAUUUUGCCAGGCAAGCCAUGCAGCAGGAAACCGCCUCUCAAUACUUUGUUCUGCUGAUCAUCACUGAUGGAGUGAUCACAGACAUGGACGAGACGCGCAGCGCCAUCGUCAACGCCUCUCGCCUGCCCAUGUCCAUCAUCAUUGUUGGCGUCGGGGGGGCCGACUUCAGUGCCAUGGAGUUCUUGGACGGGGACGAUGGGAAUUUACGCUCCGCUGCCGGCGAGACGGCCAUGCGUGACAUUGUGCAGUUCGUGCCCUUCAGGCAGUUCCAAAAUAGUCCUCCAGAAAUGCUGGCUCAGAGCGUCUUGGCAGAAGUCCCAGGUCAGGUGGCGAGCUUCUUCAAUACCAUGCGCUUGAAGCCCCCCCACAGCGACACGGCUCUCCCAUGACCUCUCAGCGUCAGCGCCCUCAGUAUGCCGGCAUACAUGAGCAUGCGACAUCCAGUCUAUGCAGGCAUGCUAUGAUUUGUAAAUAUUAUGUACCCCCCAUAUAAAACCAUAGUACACAGAUUCUAUGUACAUUUCCUAAUAUUUCGUAUGUACUUUAUUUAAACAUUUAAUGUGACGCCUCUAUACAUCUCAAAGUGACUAAAGUGCCAGGACUUACGGUCAUUUAUUGUUUGAUUGAUCUGCACAAUCUGCUGCAUUCAUUUAAAGUAAUGUGACUUGAUUCAAGGUCAUUGGUGCAGCCAGCGUAUCAUUCUUUCCAAACGUCUCCAUUAAAGGGUGGAGCACUUUGCUUGUGCUCCAUGUAUAUGCUUAUAAUGAAGCAUAUGUUUCCAUGAAAAUCAUGGAGUUUGGACAAAGCUGUGCUAUUUCAAAUGUAAUGUUUACAUAAUGGAUCCUAACACAAUGGAUUAAUAUCUUUGCCUAAAUUAAUACCUUUUGGAGAUUUUUACACAACUACUUUUCACCCUUGCUGCUGUUUUGUACGUCUGUUUUUUUGUUUUCUGUUCGGUUUUUGAUUUUUACAUCUUAUUUUGUGAUACGAGUGUUCACAAUGAGAAUCCCUAGAAGUGAUUACAUCAGUAAGCUUCAUGAAUGCAACUGUCAUGCAUGUUUGCACCGAUGUACCCUAGAAGCUCACUCUGUCUUAAGAGAUCGUAAAACGUAUCACUUUACUGACUGUUAAGUAAAUGGCCUUAUACAUUUCACUAAGUGUACAUGUAUAUUUAAUAUACACUGAUUAACUUUGGCAUUUUAUACUUUGUCAUUUACUUUGUUUUUAUUGAUAUUUAGUGAAUAUAUGCAAUGCAAGAAACAAAAACAAGUCAACCUAUAAAGUAACCAGCUUCUAUUUCAGUAUGUCUUUUUUCAAAUAAAGAUAUUAGGUCAUUUAUAAGUA